AUGUCAUCAAAAAAUCGAAAGUACGGGGACAACUAUAGAGAUGAUGAUUACUAUUAUAGAGAUAAAAAUGAAAAAAUAAAAAGUAAUUGGAAUAGUGAAUAUGAUAAAGAAAGGGGGAAUCGAAGAGACAGAGAAAGAGAAUAUGAUAGAGAAAACUAUGAAUAUGCCAAUAAAAAACGGAGAGGAUUUAGAGAUCAUUCUAGUCAUAAAAACUAUGGCAAUUAUCAUGAUCCACAAAAUUAUGACAAACAUAAUAGUAACAAAAAUAAUAACUACCAUGAUUUUGAAAAUAAAAGACGAAAUAAUUUUGAUGGAUAUUAUCAAAAUAAUAAUGAAAGAAAAUAUGAUAAACAUUAUGGAACAAAUAUAAAAGAUAGAGGAAGAAAAAGAUCUCGAAAUAAUAAUAGUGGAACUGAAAAUGAUAGUGAUUAUUCUUUAAGAUCAAAUAGUGAAGCACGUUAUACACAUUCAGAUAAAAAUAGAAAAUAUAAACAAAAUAAUAAAGAAUAUGAUGAACAUAAAAAUUAUUAUGUAAAUGAUUAUAAUGUAAAAUAUUUCAAAAAUUUAGAUGAACAUUUAGAAAAACGACCUACUGUAGAAUUAUCAAGAUUCAUUUUUAUUUACAAAAUAUCUAAUGAUAUAACAGAGGAAGAAAUAGAUGAAGUAAUAAGAAAUAUAGCUAUUCAUCAUGCUUUUUCCUUACCUGUUAAUAUAUAUAUAAAUAAAUUAUCUUAUUUUUCAACAAGAGAUGAAUUAUUUGUAAGAGAAAAUUUAGAAUUUUUAAAAAAUAAUUUUUAUUUUAAUUAUAUACAUCAACAUAAUAUAAUAAAUUCACAAGUUGAAAAUCUAAUUAAUGAUGAUACUUGUUGUAUUAUUGAAUUCCCAUCAAAUGAAGCUAGUAGAAAAUUAUUUUCACUUUAUGAGCAUACUAAUUAUUCAAUUAAAAUUAAAAAUAAUUUAACUUCAUAUAUAUUCCCAUUAUUUAAAUUAAAAAAAAAAAAUAAUAAUAUAUCUGAAGAAAAACAUACAUUAAAAAAAGCUAGUGAUUGGAUAUGUUCGUCUUGUAACUUUUUAAAUUUUUCUCGACGAGUAACAUGUCAUUUAUGUAAGGCAGAAAAAACAGCAGACGCCAAAUCAGUAGAUAGUGAAAAGCAAACAAUUGCAUCAUCCUUUUUUUUAAAUCAUAAUACUAUUUUAAACAAUCAAAAUAGUAACAUAAAUGCAAAUUAUUUUGCAAAAUUUAUUGGAAAUAAUGAAAAAAACACAAAUGACGCACCAAAUAAUAUUCAUAUAAAAUCUGCACACACUAUUAAUGAAACUGUAGGGAAUAAUAUUAAUGUAACUGAUUUUGCAAAGCAUACAGAUUAUUCUCAUUUAAAAAAUGAGGAAAAGGAAUUAGAGCACAGUGAAAAAUAUAUCCAAGGAUAUAAUAAUCCAUUGGUCUAUCCCCAUAAUACCCAAUUUGAAUUCCUUAGUAAUAAUAAAAAUGUAGAAAAAGGGACACAACAAAUUCUGAACGACAAGGAAAAAACGAAUAUGUUAAUUUUAAAAGAUAUAGAUGGAAAUAUAUCAAAUAAAGAUAUAUUAACAUUUUUAAAUGAAAUGUUUGAAAAAAGAAAUGUUAAGUAUUUAUAUCUUUUUAAUGAUAUUAAAGGAUCAAAUAAAAGAAAAGGUUUUUGUGUUAUUGAAUUUAAUAAUGAAUUUUCUGCUGAAAAAAUGAUGAAAGAAUUAGAUGGAAAUUAUUAUGUUAAAUUUCAAAAUAAUUAUUUAAAAUUAGAUUAUAUAUAUGAAAAAGAAAAAUCUGCUUUUUUUGAGUGUAUACAGCUAGCUAAACUAAAUAUUCAUAAAUCAUCUGCUUCUCAAAUUAACAAUUCUAUAUCUUAUUUUAAUUUUUUUAUAACCUAUUUAGAAGCAAUAUUAAAUAGUAAUAUUAUUAAUUAUACAUAUUUUUUAGCAUGGUCAUCACAAAUUAUUAUUUUAAAAAAUGAAAAGCCACAACUUAGUGAAUUCUUUUUCGAUUAUAAUAGUAAAUAUUAUUACCAUCCAGUUUAUCAAAUAUAUUUUGACAAUAAUACAUCAUUUUAUAUGUCUUUAGCAAAUGGAUAUUAUAUAUGGAAUGAUACUUUAAAGUGUCUUGUUCGAUUUUAUAUGGAUAAUUCUCAAACAAGCUAUGAAACUAAUAACGAGCAUAAUUAUGAGGCAGAACUUGGUGGUGGCCAGGCUUCUACUAAAGAAAAUGUAGACACACAUCAAAUUAAUAAAAAUGACAAAGAGAUAAACAAUCGUGGAACUAGUGAAAAUAACAACAUUACUAUGAAAAUAUCAAGCCUUGUUCAAAAAGCUAAAAUGAUUGCUCUUGAAUCAAAAAAAAAUAUGGAAAAAAUGAAUAUAAAUGAAACUAGUAAUAGUUUUGAAAAAAAUAAAAAACAAAAUGAUAUAAUUAAAAAACAUUUUUCAACAGAUUCUGCCGAUGAUGAUAAUGAUUCAUCAGACCUCGAAGAAUUAAAAAAAAAAAAAGGAUACUAUAAUAAUAACACUAUUAAUAACUCUAAAUUUGAUCAAAAAUCUAAACAUGAAAAUAAUUAUAAGGAAACUCAUGGAAAAUUAUACAAUGAUAAAACAGUAGGAAAUAUAAAUAAUUAUAGCAACUAUAAUGAAAAUAUUAGCAAUAUAAAGGAUGGGAACUCAAUUACUAAUACUGGAAUUACUAACAAUUUUAAUGACAUAAAUAAUAUUAAUCAACAUCAAGAAAAUAUUGUUGAUUUAAAUAUUUGUUUUAUAUGUUUGAGAAAGUUUGAAAACUCAGCAAUUCUUCAAAAACAUAUAGAUAUGUCAUCAUUGCAUAAAAAAAAUAUUCAAUCAUUAUCCGAUGUUACACCUGUUAGUUAA